AUGGCCACUCCCGGUGUGUACGCGCAGUCAGGUGCGCCUGAUAUGCCAUACUCGAAAAUUGCCAGCCCACCAAGAGUCCUCCCAUCCCCAAGAGAAACUCAAGCAUCACUCAAGCGAUCAUUUGAAAAGUACCUCGCUGCAGACAAUGGAUCUCCUGCUGUUGGAAAGCUUUUCAGCCCUGCUCGACAUCUUGCAUUUGAGGAGCCCAAUCACAUACAUACCAUGGAAGAGCUAGGAUUCUCAGCCAAUAAGGGUGUUUCACCUGUCGCUGUUUCUGAUCCAUUCCCCUUGUUUAGUCAGGAAGCCAUCAGCAUCAUGAGAAGCGAGGUCCUCGACCCUGAGGUUCAAGAGAAGUAUAGCUAUGCGUCCGACAUAGCUCCCCGACAGAUCCGUGGUUAUGCACCAAAACAUGGAAAGUUUGUCUUUGAAGCAUGGAAGCAUCCGGAGACUCUUGCUAUCAUUUCAAAGAUUGCUGGCGUUGACCUCGUUCCUGUCAUGGAUUAUGAGAUUGGCCACGUCAACCUAUCAAAGCCCGGAGAUAAGAAAGACCACAUGAGCUCGGGUAACGAUGGAGCCAUCGUUGGCUGGCAUAGAGAUAGCUACCCCUUCGUGUGUGUGUUGAUGAUGAGCGACACUACCGGGAUGGUUGGCGGUGAAACCGCCUUGAGAACCGGCACUGGGGAGAUUAGGAAGGUUCGCGGUCCAUCAAUGGGCUGUGCCGUCGUACUCCAAGGCCGCUACAUCGACCAUCAAGCCCUCUCUGCCUUCGGCGGCCAAGAACGUAUUACAAUGGUGACCUCUUUCCGCCCGCGCUCUCCCCGCGUCCGCGAUGACACUGUUCUCAACACUGUGCGCCCUAUUUCUAAUCUCUCAGAUCUUUACGGCCAGACCGUCGAGUACAACCUUGAGAAUGCCGAAUCGCGUAUCAGAUAUAUGCUGAAAAAUGUGCGCGACUCGAUGAAGGCCGGUGCCACCGACGUGCAGUCCAUCAAGUCCUUCCUCGAUUUCGAGAUCCAGGCGCUGGAGCACCUCAACCAUGAGAUUGUCGAAGAAUCGCUCGUGAAGAAGGGGUCACUAGCCGAGGUGUGUGAAGAGGCCGCUAAGGAUAAGCGAGUCAAGCUGUAG